UGGUUUUUAAGGGGCGAGGUGGCAAUACUGAAUUUGAAUUUAAACAAAAUAAAGCAAAACAAAAAUACAGGAAUGUUAACAAUGGUCUGAUCUGUUUUCAGCAGAUGAGUCCCCAGCUGUCUGGACUAUAACUCCCAGCAUCCUAGGCAAGGUCCGUGCAUUCUACUGUGGAACGCACAGCCAUCAGCAGCAUAUUGAGCAGUCAGGCAGAGAGAGAGAGAGCUAAGCAGCUGUGGGAGCAAGCAAAGAAGAUCAUUUGCUGAUAUUCUACUUGUGUAAGACCUCUGACAAUCUAUAGAUUGUGAGUGAAAAGCAAUCAUGAAGUUAUCCAUCCUUGGUGCUACUGGUCAGACAGGCUUGUUCUUGAUAACACAAGCUUUACAACAGGGACAUGAAGUAACAGCUCUUGUAAGAAAUGUCAGCAAAAUCACCAUCCAGCAUCAAAACUUAAAGGUGUUAGAAACCAACAUAUUUUCAUCAGAAUCUUUAGAAGAACAUUUCAAGGGACAGGAUGCUGUCAUGUCUUGCCUGGGUUUUCAGUACAAACUCUUUUCAUCGAUUUCUGGAUACACUGACUCUAUGAAAGCUGUUGCGACAGCUAUGCGCCAAGCUGGAGUAAACCGGAUGGUGACAAUGACUUCUUGGUAUACUGGCCCUGGCUCAGGAAACAAUUCUUCCUUUUUCGUUCGCAAUCUACUCAUACCACUUAUCAGAAGUGUGCUUAACAACAUGUAUGAGAUGGAGCAUUACUUGGAAAAGGAAUGUUCUGAUCUUAACUGGACUGUUGUAAGACCCCCUGGACUUCAGAAUAAUCCAGCCACAGACAAAGAAAUAAUGACUUCAGAAGGCUUCUUUGUCCCAGGUGAUGAUGGAUACCCAGUAACAAACACUGUAGCUCGAGGAGAUGUGGCACGCUUUAUGCUCUCUGUCCUUAAUGAUGAAAAAUGGAGUAGGAAAAUAGUUGCAAUGUGUUGUAAAGUAUAAAUACAUGUCUGUGAACAAAAUAUUUACGUUGCACUUAAUAAAAAAAAAGAUUUAAACAAA